UUCACUUGCAAGUCGUCUGUUUAUAUCUUCAGCGCCAUUCUUCUUCUUUAUUAUGUUUAUUAUCAUGAUAAGCUUUUGAGAGGUUGUCGUUGAAAGUGACGUCACAGUGCGAGACCCCACCUCCUCCUCCUCCCUCCCGCUGCUUCUGCCCACCCUCCUCUCUCCACUUCUUCCACUUCCACUUCCACUCCAACGCAAGCUGCGGUACCGUCCGACUGUCAGUCCGUCAGGAGCAGCUCGCAGCCCCGCUGAGGAUUACCAGGAAGAGGCGCACUGUCGCAAACUGGCGCAACUAUGCAGCGGACGCAUUGAUAAAAAAAACCCACGCUAUAUUUUCAUUAUCAGCGUUCCGUGGAUGCACACAGGCACCUGACAGCACCCCCUCCCCACGAAUGUCGUAUUUAUUAAGGUGACUCCAUGAACCAGCAAUGGAGACCAAAAGAUACCAAAGUUUCUUCGACGGAAGCAACGCCGAUAACAAAUGGUCUCAGAUUCCUGGCACCACGGAGUUCUGCUUCACGCCGGAAGAUUCGAAUCUAAGCGGCGGUGACAUCCUAAUGGACAUCGUCAAUGCGAGUCCGAGCGCUGACGCCAAAGACGCCAAGAAGCCGGAGCAGCCGCCACUUCAUCCGGGCCAGAACCAGCAUUUUUCCCUACCGCACUUCAACAACUCCGUGCACAGUCACAAACCGGAAAUGGACUCCAAGGAGCUUUCCAAAACCGUGGCAGAGUCCAUGGGGCUCUACAUGAACGCUGCCAGGGAGGCGGACUUUGCUUUCAGCCAGCACGGGGGGAGCACCAGCCCGAGGAAAAUUCAGUACCCGGUAUGUGGGCGGCUCCUGGAGGAGAACCCGGCCAAUAACCCCAAGAUGAAACCUUUCAAGUUCCAGCAGCCAACCAGCACUCCCAGAGAGUCCAUACCCGGGACUCCGGUGAGCUCUGUUUCCGUGCUGGCUUCUUCCAGCCCAGGGGGCGGUAACAACAUGGUGUCCUCCACCACCAGUCCCCCUGCAUGCUUUGGACCGCCGUCGGUUACCAGUCCUGUCAGCCACACGCCUUGUGCGCAAACCCUGGCUAGCAUCAAACGCAGAAAUUCAGCCACAUGUAGCCCUGUCGAGUCCAGCACCGUGGGCUCGCCCCCUCUCGCCAGCCCCCUCAGCGUCAUGAGGUCGCCCAUGUCCAGCCCGCAGAGUAUGAGUAGUGUGAGGUCGCCGCCGUCCUGCGUCACUUCCUGUAACGUGAGGUCAUCCGUCUCGAGCCCCACCAGCACAGUCCGACCGCCCGCCUCCAGUCCGGCCACAGGGGCUACAAUGGCUAUCGGUAGCCCACAGAACCCCUCUUCGGGCGGGUUCCCGGUCUCCAGUCCUGUCAGUGAACUGGGUUUAGUUCAGAAUGACUCGCAUAGUCCGGAAGCUGCUGGUCUGAAUACUGAGCCAGACUUCAAACCCUUUGAAUUCCCUAAAGUGGAGAUGGUAGACGGGGAAGUUUUCAACGUGGGCUUGGACCAGAUGGGAAUGGUGAAGUACAUCAAGAACGAACCGGGAACCGAUUUUAGGAGCAUGUGCUUAGGUGGUUCCAAAUGCAACACCGCUAGCACAACGGUUAUCACGCAAAUAAAGAACGAACCAAACAAAAACGAAAGUUGCAUGAAUCAGCAGUCCUACAGCGAUCAGUCGCCGCCGCUUGGUCUCUUCCCCGCUUCGGAGACCACCUACCUAUCCCUGAGGAAUAACAUCGACGAAUACAGUCUCUCCGGAAUCUUAGGACCCCCGGUGUCCAUGAACGGGAACUAUGAGUCCGACGUGUUCUCCAACAGUGUCCUGUCCAAAACGGUAAAACAGGAGUCCAGCGACGCCGGCUACUACCAAGACAGCAACGGCGUUCCCACGUCGGCCAUUGUUGGAGUUAAUUCCGGCGGACACUCAUUCCAUUACCAGAUCGGAACGCAAGGAACAAUGUCCUUCCGGGACCAACCCAACCCUUUGUUAAAUCUCAUUUCGCCUGUCGCCGCAUUGAUGGAGUCGUGGAAAUCCCGGCCCGGCAUGCCGCAGGGGUCGCUGUCGGGCCGAGGUGAAGGAUACCCGGGUCAGAACUGCAUUGCGGACGGCAUGUCGAGCUCGCCACUCAGGCAGCCCUCCUCCACGGCCAAGGUGUGUCUGGUGUGUGGGGAUGAGGCGUCGGGCUGCCACUACGGCGUGGUGACGUGCGGGAGCUGCAAAGUCUUCUUCAAAAGAGCCGUGGAAGGUCAGCACAACUACCUUUGUGCCGGGAGGAACGACUGCAUUAUCGACAAAAUCCGAAGGAAAAACUGCCCUGCAUGCCGCGUAAGGAAGUGCCUCCAGGCCGGGAUGAACCUCGGAGCUCGCAAGUCAAAGAAGUUGGGCAAGUUAAAGGGAGUCGGUGACGACGUGCAGAGCGCCAAGGAGGGCCAAACGGGAGGCGUCAGAGGCGAAUUCCUGUCCUCGGAGAAGGAGCUGAACGCCGCCGCCGCCACCACCGCCUUGGUGCCCCACGGCCCUGGGGUGGUCACACCUUUCCUGCCACCCUCCAUCUGCAGCGUGCUUGAGCUCAUCGAGCCCGAAGAGGUGUACUCAGGCUUCGACAACACGCUGCCCGACACCACAGACCACCUGCUGUCCAGUCUCAACUGCCUGGCCGGGAAGCAGAUGGUCCGCUUGGUCAAGUGGGCCAAAGUACUUCCAGGUUUUCGGGGCCUGCCCAUUGAGGACCAAAUCACGCUGAUCCAGUACUCGUGGAUGUGUCUGUCCUCCUUUUGCCUCAGCUGGCGCUCAUACAAACACACCAACGGACAGAUGCUCUACUUCGCCCCUGACCUCAUCUUUAACGAGGAGCGCAUGCAGCAGUCGGCCAUGUACGACCUGUGUCUGGGCAUGAGGCAGGUGAGCCAGGAGUUUGUUCGACUGCAGCUCACCUAUGACGAGUUCCUCUCCAUGAAGGUGCUGCUGCUCCUCAGCACGAUUCCCAAAGAGGGUCUGAAGAACCAAGCGGCGUUCGAGGAGAUGAGAGUGAAUUACAUUAAGGAACUCCGGCGUUCCGUGGGGAAAGCGACCAACAACUCGGGCCAAACCUGGCAGCGCUUCUUCCAGCUCACCAAGCUACUGGACGCCAUGCAUGAUCUGGUGGGGAACCUGUUGGACUUCUGCUUCUACACCUUCCGUGAGUCGCAGGCCCUGAAGGUGGAAUUCCCGGACAUGCUGGUGGAGAUCAUCAGCGACCAGAUACCAAAGGUGGAGUCGGGCCUCACUCACACCAUCUACUUCCACAAGAAGUGACUCCUACCAGGGGGACGCACGUGAGAACCGAACCGAGGGACGGGAAACCCACGCACCCACUAAGAACGCCGCCAGUCGGUGCUUCACCGAUGCGACAAGGAUCGGAACGAGCGGGGUCGGAGCGCCGAAUACUCGGACCGGCCGAGGAGGACGAAGCAUCCCUAAAGUAGCCCCGCCUCCCUCCCUGUAACGCCCCAAAGACGCUCUUUUGGAGAUAAAGCCAUACGUUUGCUAUAAUGUGCUAGUGCUACAUUCACACUAACACACACGCCGUCUACACACAGAUGCACUACCCAAUUCCCUAACCAACACAAACUUCUUAUUUUGCUGCAAAUGAACUGUGGCUAACUCUUUAUGCAGACAAACAAUAGCGCUACUAAACGCAAGUAUAUAGAAAUAAACACAGUACAUAUGCUAGUAGUUAGACCACAGGGCGGACUACAAAAACGUGCUGGACUACAAAAAGGUCAAAGGUCUAUUAGAACAGAUUCCAAGGGCUAUCUAUCCAUCUAUACAUGCAUCGCCGUUAGCUUAGUGCUUAGCUUUUACGUUUCAAUUGGUUCCAUUUAAACUUUGUCUUAAGUGAUGGAAGACGCCAUCGGAUUUACAUAUGAUGAUGAAACAUCGAUAAAGCGAUGAUCAAACAUCGAUAAAGCGAUGAUCAAACAUCAAACAUCGAUAAAACGCAUGCAGCGGUAGAUGCUGCUCAUGAUACUUCCAAUGCCGCUACAGAAAUUAGGGAUGCUCCGAUCAGGAUUUAGGUUGCAGAUUCCCGUACCGAUGAUCUGUGAGCGACAUCGACAUUUAUGAUGGCUGGUAUUGGUCAAGCCUCCCCCCCUUAGACAAUUCCAAGGGCCCCCUGACAAAUUGGUCAUUAUUACAAAACGUUUAGGAAGAUUGUCGUUUUUUUCGUCUUUAUUUGUGUGAAAUUAUUUUUGACAUCGGAAUUUAACUUCAUGUUUUGAAGUCAUACAAACACAUGGGAAAUAAACUCAUAAAAUAAUACAAAUAAAUCUGUCCUGCUCAACUUAAAAAUGAAUAAAUGGAGUGUCCGGGUCUCAAACUUUCACUAUUAGACAUUUCAAUUGUACACUACUUUUUUUUUGUUUACCUUUUUAUGCUAGGUUGUGCUAAUCAUGAUAUAAAGGCAUAAAGUCGGAAUAGAAGUUAAGACCCCCCCCCCCCCCCCCGUGAUAGUAAAACCAUCAUAAGGCGGGACACACGAUGUGUUUGUGUUCAUUCAACAACACAAAUAAUAAUAAUAAUAAUCAUAACAACAACAACACAAAUAGUGUUUGUAGGACAAGACAUAAUUAGCAUAACCACAACAAACCGUUCGGUGACACUUGAAAGAGUCAAUACGUACCCCAUGGACGUGAAAUCCACUAUUGGCUUUCCAGUGGGACAAAAACUAGCUCCAAACUAAUUUUGUUUCAGAAAAAAAAGUCACAUUUAGAAACUGAAGACCAGAAGCUAGGCGGAUAAGUUUAGCUAGUUAGCUGGCCAUGGAUUUCAUAAUACUUUAUAAUAUAAUAAAGUAUAAAAUAUCAUAAUGUACAAAUCUGAUGUCUUCUAUCAUUUAAGUCAAACUUCGACAUUUACUGUUAAGUCCAGUAUUCUCCCCCCCCCCCCCAAAAAAAAAAAAAUUGUGUGUUUCUUUGAGCUGACAAAGACACGAGCGCAGCCAUGCUAGCUGCAGCGCUAAGCCACCACCAAAAUACUCAAACUUGCAGCUCCCAAGUGUGUUGCUGACUGACAGACAUUUUAAGACGUGUAGUGAAGCCUGUUUUUUUUUUUUUUUUUUUGUGGGCGGGUGCUCCGAAAAAGGUCCUCGGGCCACUUUACGUCAAUUAAAAAACGGGGACCUUUAAGUCAUCAUUCGGGGUUUACUUGGACAUUCAUCCAAACUAAUAUGCAAACUCCCUCCACGACCCAAAGUGUCCAAUCAAGACAAUAUUGAUGAGUGAUUCAAUUUGUGCCCGGUUGCUAUGGAUGGAUUGAGGGGGCGGGGGGGUGGGGGGGCGACAUGUACUCGAUAAUAGAUUUGGCCGUAAUCGCCGUCAUUGUGUGUUAUCUCCACAGCAGCAGUCUGCUUCUACUCAGCAACGAGCAAAGCCAGCCCUUUCUGUCCCACGAAAAAAAAUAAUAAUAAUCAUCAUUUUUUUUUGUCUACAUUUUACAUGAAGGUGCUUCAUUUCUACCGAUGCCAGGCGAGACAUUUGUACAGCAACACACACACACAAACACACACUGUACAGUUGACUAGCAUCCAACAUGGAGGCUCUGCAGUGCUGAAUGUACAGUUAUUAUUAUUAUUAUUAUUAUUAUUAUUAAUCCAACUCAAGUUUAGGAGGAAUGCUUUUGAUGAUGUGGUAUAAUUUGGAUUCCCCUCCGAAGAAAACGGUGAUGAUGCUACUGAGGACAGUUGGACCCCUAACCGCCCCCCCUUCUUUAACCCCCUGCCGUGUUGUUGAUGGUGGAUUAGCCAUAUCCUGUCUCCACUCUUUGUUAUUUUUUUGUUGUUGUUUUGCACAAAGGAAGGAGGGCGGCGUGAGGAGAGGAGCAGCUAUAAAGUGCGACUAUUUUUGCCGAUAGCACGAUAUAGGAAAUGUAAUUGUGAAUAUUUGUGAAUAAAGACACGGAAAGUGAAGUGAUCCUUGUGCGUUAUUGGGAGGAAAGCGUUUUUUUUUGUUUUUUUUUGGUGUUGUUGUCCUUUGUAAGGAACCUAAAAAGAAUGAUUGGGAAAGUAUUUUUGAGAGAAUUUCUAUUUUGCUGGAAGAUAAUAUUUAAGUACUUUUGUCUAAAUAAAUAAAAAAAUAAUUAAAAAGCGAUAUCUUUUUUUUUGUAACUGUUAAUAAUGCAUGCGUUUUGAUCAGAUGUUUACAUUGUAUUUCAAAAAAAAAAAAAAGGGAAACUUGUGCCUUUUUUCAUCUCACCUGAUUUACAGAUUUAACAUCAUGUACCAUGUCAAAUGUAAAUACAAUGAAAUGGUCAUUUUUUCUGGAGUGUAAGAUAUUUCUACUUGGAAGAAAAAACGAUAAUGUGUCCCCCCCCCCCCCCGUGUGCGUUGGCUGGCAAAGGAGGAUAUUACAGCGGAAGUGGAAGUGAAUGUAUAAACAUUGUGACACAAGUUACUACCUGAAUGUUAGAGGAAAGACAUUUAUUACCUUUUUUAAAUACUUUCUUUUCCAUUAUUGUUCAUGUGGAGAAUAAUAAUUUAAAAAAAAACAGUAUUUCUUAUUUUGUAACAAAAUGUGACAGAUUUUUUUUUUUUUGCUGUUGAAAUGAUUUCCUAAUCCAUGACGGUAUUGUUGACGAGCACCACAAUAAAAAUCGACACGUCACCACCUUCUCGUUGCGUCUAUUUGGACUUUUUUUUCCUUGUUAGAUCCUGCCAGGGGACGAUACUAUCGAAGUUAGGGCCCUAUUUUACAAGAAAAAUGUCAAAAUAUUAAAAGAAAAAUUUUAAGUAAUUUUAAGUAUUUUUUUUCAUCUAAAAGUCAUUUUAUGAUUAAAAAAAAAAAUUUAGGAC